CUUUAGCUUACAUCGGUAUUGUGGCGGUCGAUCGCGUGCGUUAGUUUUGAUCGGAAAAGUUUGAUCAGUGAGGUGGUGUGUUCGAGAUUACAGUUUUUACAUUCGCUGUUAAUAGUGCGUAGCGGUCAGUGAUAUGUCGAAUUUAAUUAAAUGUGCGAUCUGAUUAUCGAGUGCGACCGCCAAGGAGCGCUGUGUGGCGUCGACAACGCAUUUUAAUCGUAUUAAAGUGCGAUGGACGACAUCGGAGACGCCCUGCAGGGUGUAGCGCACAAUGCCGAAGAGGCUCCCCCCGACCUGAACAUAAGUGAAGUGUUACAUGCCAUCUCGAUAGCGGACCCGACGUUCGGCGUCGGCGUGGAGGAGAUGUACCGGCAGCCGUCAGCGCCCCCGCCGUCGGCGCCGCAGCCCUCCGGGGCUCCCAAGAUGCCCUACGUGCGGAUCAUCGAGCAGCCGGCCGGCAAGUCGUUGCGGUUUCGAUAUGAGUGCGAAGGCCGGUCAGCAGGCUCCAUUCCCGGCGUGCACAGUACGCCGGAGAAGAAAACAUACCCCACCAUCGAGGUGGUCGGCUACACGGGGCGAUUUGUCGUGCUUGUGUCGUGUGUCACCAGGGACAAGCCUUACAGGCCGCACCCUCACAACCUGGUGGGCCGCGAGCCGCUGUGCAACCGCGGCGUGUGCACCGUGGAGUGCAACGCGGACAACUCCAUCGUGCAGUUCAGCAAUCUCGGCAUCCAGUGCGUCAAGCGCAAGGACAUCGCGGAGGCGCUGCGCGUGAGAGAGGAGAUUAAAGUCGACCCCUUCAAGACUGGCUUCAGUCAUAAGAACCAACCCCAGAACAUCGAUCUGAACGCCGUCCGGCUGUGCUUCCAAGUGUACAUCCCCGGCGGCAACACGAGCAAGAUCAAGCAGGCGCUGAUCCCGGUGGUGUCGGACGUCAUCUACGACAAGAAGGCCAUGUGCGAGCUGCAGAUCAACCGGCUCAGCACGUGCGCGGCCACCGUGCGCGGCGGCACUGAGCUCAUACUGCUCUGUGAGAAGGUGACCCGCGACGACGUGGACGUGGUGUUCAGCCAGGCGUUCGACGACGGCUCCGUGUGGGAGGCGUCCGCCAACAUCGUGCUGGUGCACAAACAGGUCGCCAUCGCCUUCCAGGCGCCGGCCUACCGAGACCCCAUGUGCAUGGAGAACGUCAAGGUGAAGAUUUUUCUGAAGCGAGUAUCGGACGGCGCCCGCAGCGCGCCGGUGGAUUUCGAGUACACGCCCGACUACGCAGAUUCGGAUUAUUUAAGUAAUAAAAAGCGGAAGACGGCGCAGAAUAUAGAUUCUUUCUUAGCUACGUACAAGCAAGACAUGGGAUUUCACGAGUCUGCCAUUAAAAAGGAACCGAGAGACGCGAGCCCGGCGCUGCAAAUCCACAGCCCGCCGAUGGCUGGCGUGGGCAGCCCGCACUACCCCCCGCCGCAGUACCGCGACCCCGCCGACCAGUACCAGCAAUGGAUGCCGCCCGAUCCCAAUCUAGGCGUACCCAACACGAACCCAUUCCUGCCGCACGCGGGGGACCCGCGGGGCUACUGGGGCCCUCAGAACUUCGCGCAAACCUCCCCGUCGCCCAACCACGGCGUGUCGCCCAACAUGCUGGGAUUAGGAGAUGCCAUGUCACCGCAACAUCGGCUGUCGCCGAAUAUGCAAAAUAUGCCCGGCCCCUCAAUGGCGAUGAACCCGAGCAUGGUGCAGAUGUCGCCGCUGCAGGGCGGCGUGUCGCCCGCGCACCAGCCGUCCCCCAUGCUGCACACGUCGCCCCAGCACAUGCAGCCCAUGAUGUCGCCGCUGCAGGGCGGCGUGUCGCCCGCGCACCAGCCGUCCCCCAUGCUACACGCGUCACCCCCUCACAUGCAGACCAUGCAACCUGCGGGGCAGGCGCCAGACCUGGGAGCGGCGCCGCCUCUGGACAGCGACAUGCAGUUCAACUCGGCCGACCUGUCCGGCAUCAUCGCCACCCUCGGCCCGCCCGAGCUGUCCGACAGCCUGCGAGCGCUCUCCACCAGCGAACUCAUACCGACCAUGCAACCAAUGUAAUUUUGGCCAAAUACUUGGCGAGCUGUAGCGUCUUCUGGAGCUGACAGCCUGGAUGCCGACCAAAGACUACUGUGCCCAAUUCUCACUGAACUGAAACGUGAUACCGCGAGCGUCUAGCCUGAGUAACUUCUGGCAACGCAUGGGAAAGAUGCAAAAUGAAAGAGCUACGAAUGCUACGGCACAUUCUUUUACUUACGACAUGAAAAGAAGUGACUAGUGUCGACCAAGAAGUUGAUAACGUAUGUGACAGUUUCGUGUAUGGAACUCAUGUGCUAUCUAAAUAACUGUAUGUGACAGUUUUGUGUAUGGAACUCAACUCAUGUGCUAACUUUUUCUUAUUUGAAAUAUUAUAGCUAACAGUCCAAUCAAAUUGUGGUCUAGUUUAAGUGAUCUUCUGAUCUUAGAUGGCGAUUUUUGAUAUUUUAAUGUGCCUGCUUUUUAACUGUGUAUGAUUACAUUGUGACUUCUUAGUCAAAUGGAUUUUAUCAUUGAAUGAAACAGAUCCAAGAUUUUGUUAUUAGUUUUAUGCGGUAUCAUAUCUUUAGAGAGGAAUUCCUUGAGAAUUUUUAAUAAAUGACUGGCAAAGAGGUUUAAGUCUGUAAAAGCUCCCAACUUUUCUCAGUCUUUGUUGUGUAAAUAGUACCUUUUGAUACAAAAGCAGAGUUCGGCUUUAUCACAAUUAUAGAAAAAAUAUAUUAGUUUUAUAUAUUUUUGGGUAUAAAACAAAACAAUUUAGAAAGCGGAUAUUUCGCUUAUCUGUAAUUACAUGAAUAGGUACUAGAUAGGUCUAUUAAUUAAAUGUGACGUUUUGUAAGAAGUUAUUAUGGUUAUAGUUAACAGUGGGCUGGUUGAAUGCUUCACUGCUUGAAACUGAAUUGUAUAAUGUUAGUACCUUAGUAAACAUCACUUUACAUACCGCCUGGGUUGAGUGGUAAACCUGUUACAUAUUGGCGCGAUUAUUUAUAUUAGAUAUUGUCAAAGACAUGCGACACUAGCAGGCGUGGCUCACUCCGCGAUUUCGUCGCUUUGCUACAGGUAGCUAAAAGUACACCCGUUCCAUCCCAAUUUUGGGGAAAGCCAUAAGCCGCGCGUGGCGCUGUCGCCACCUAGCGGCCAUAUCUGUGCUGCUCGUAACAGACGCGUUUUGUUAGAGAGUGAGUCUUCUGUACCUAGUAGGUACUAUUAUUUAUUCUGACACUAGGGAAUAUUAUUUUUGACUUGAAGUAAUAAUGCAGUAUGAUCUUUUCAGAUUAAGAAAAUGCUAAUACUUAACACAUUCAUUGCCACCCAGCCGAACGGGACAUCCGCGCCAGGCCACAACAAUUUCGUCAUAUAAAGCAGAAUAUCGGGACGUCCGGCCUGAGAACGAAAUCAUAAAAUACCCGAUAGUCGGGUUUUCGGGACUGAAUGUGUUAAUACAAUAAUUAAAUACAUAAUAACAAAACAGUCACGAAUUGGAAAAUAAAAUAUCUGUACCAUUUCUGUGACUCUAGAAAUGAUUACCAUGUUAUUUACAUUUUCCAAAAAAAGGCCCGUGUGCAUUGAUUGAAGUUAUUCCAAAGCAGUGAAAAAGUUGACGAUCUCAGACAGGGGUGUUAAAAUUAUAAGUUUAAAUUUUAAAUUAUGCUUAACUCUCUUUUUGAACUCUGAAAUCUACAAUUUUAGGUAAAUUAAAUACUUGCCGCAGUCUUAUAUGACCAGACCAGAACAAAAGGCAUAUCACGGUCGUAUUUAUUGGUAUCUUUCUAACGGGCAGCCUAAGGCGGGUAUUUUGUCUCUGUCACUCGACGAAUGCGAUCAAGAGAUGUCGAGAGUUUAUGCAAUAUAAUGACAAAUGAAUGAGUCUACGACGGUUGUGUUAUUGAUGAAAGAUGUUUUAAAACCUGAAAAGAAAGGUGUUUAUUUAUUAGAUGUUUAAGAGAAAUGAUAUAACUUUGACCAAAAAAAUACAUUUGGAAUUAACUAUGCUGUUCAGUAAUUAUGAAUGGAUCAGACCAGGUAACUACAUUUUACUAAUUUAGCUCGUUAAUGCCAUGCCAAAUUUAUUACCAUUAAGACAGGCAAGCCAUUCGCAGCAUUUGUCCCAGCAUAAUUUUUUUUUUUUAAGUUUUAUGAAACUUGUACUGCAAAUUAAUAGGUUAAGGCCUCAUUCGCACGAGCGCUUUUACAACGCGCGUUAAAACAUAAUUGAAUAACACAAAUAGAUACAGUCAUGUGUAGGUAAUUUAUUCACACAUCGGCGAUGGCGCUUUUUAUCAAGCGUUGUUGGAUUUUCGACUUUAAGCCUUGCUCAUUAAGUCCAAUUUAGCGUGCGAACGGAUUCAAGCGCUUUUAUAACGCGCGUUGUAAAAGCGCUCGUGCGAAUUAGGCCUUAGUUGUUGGGUUCAUCUCAUGGCGUAUGACGGUUGAUGUUUUGUAGUCAUCAAUACUGUAUAAGAUUUUUCAUAAAUAAUUGACAUUAUUGUUCUCAGUAAAGCUUUGUUAAUACCAUCACACUAGAGAAAGUUGCAUUAGCCGCAAAUUAGAUGUGGAUGCUCGCAAUUGUGCAAUGUACCUAAGUAUGUAAUUGUAACCAACACAUUAAAUGUGGGAUUCUGUUGUAGAUGUAACUUGUACAUAAUGAACACUAGAAUUUUUAUAUUUAUGUUACGAGAAUAAACUUUAUUGCUAUGUGA